AUCCCUUACUUCUUGCUCUCAAAACAAAACCUCUGAGACGAAACACCAAACGUGCCAUUCCACUUGUGAUAUUUCUUCUUUAAUACUAUAUCAGGAUGGGGGACUAUUACGACUCCUCCUAUGAGGUCCAGUGCCCUGUAUGUAAGGGCACAAAAUAUCGUAAUCCACAGAUGAAGCUCAUGGUCAAUGUUUGUGGGCAUCCACAGUGUGAUGCAUGUGUCAGAAUGAACUUUAUUAAAGAGUCAGCACAGUGUUAUGAGUGCAACAUUGUACUUAAACGUGCAAAGUUUCGGGUGCAGAUGUUUGAAGAUCCACUUGUAGAAAAGGAAAUAGAUAUUAGAAGAAAGGUUAUGAGAAUUUACAAUAAAUCAGAGGAGGACUUUGAAACAGCAGACGAGUGGAACCUUUAUCUAGAAGAAAUAGAAGAGAUUGUCUUUAACAUCACAAAUGACAUUAACCGCCUAGAAAUGGAGAAGAAAAUUGAGAACUAUGAACGUAUGAAUAAAGACGAAAUCAGGAGAAAUUAUACAAAGAAGAGUAAGGAGCUGGAAGAAAUAGAUAAGCAAAUUGAUGCAGACAUGAUGAGAGAAAUGGAAAGAAAGAAGUGGCAGGAAGAGGAGAACGAAAGAUCUAAAAUUUCUCGGGAGCGCAACAAGACAUCUCUUCUACAGGACCUUAUGGCAUCAGAUGGUGAUGCAUCCCUUAUUGUGCAGUCUCAUGCAGAACGCUUGAAGAUUGAACAACAGAAGGAAGAACAGGUGAAGAAAGAAAAAGAAAUAUUAAGAAGACAACAAAUAAUGUCACAGGAAUUUUCAUCUGGUGUCAAGAUUGGAUUUGCAGGGAUUAGUGCUCCUAUCAAAGUUCAGAAGGAGCAACAGUACGAGUACGAGCCUCCAAAUCUUCCACCUUCACUGCCAGCUCCCACCUGGGACGAGCUGGAAUCGGGUGGUUACCUUAACCACGUACGCCGAGCUUCACCUUCAGCUGUCGCAGGAGGAUACACAGAACACUAUGCUUGUCUCAGGGCUUUGCAGGACUUUAUGAGUUCUCAUAUGUUAAUACCUAGAUCUAAAGAACAAGAAGUAUAAUAUAUUAAUAUAAUAAUAUAUAUAACUUUGGUAUUUUGUAUAAGAAUUUUCUUUGGGGCUUUCAGAUUUCUCCAGUGUAUUUAGAUAAAUUAUGGAAGCAGUGUUUACAGAGAGGUUUAAAGUAACCACAAAACAGCCAAAGAAAACACUGCUAUACAUUGCUUUUCUUUUAGGUAACUUUAUUUCCCCGGUUGAAAUAUGAUCCGCAUGCCAGGUUGGAUGUUAAGUGUACAAUAUACAAUAUACCUCAGUAUCUUUCAUGCAAGAGUUAAUUUAGAGCUCUUGAGCAAACAAAAGGGUAAAACUUCCUUAUCAGUGCUGUCCAAUGUUACUUUACUGGAGGCAAAAAAAACAAUAACAAAGUAUAAUUUUUCA